ACGAAACGGUAUUUUACUGGUUAUUGAGCGCAUGUUAUGAGAAGAACACUUCCUGCUGCAUGAGCUUGCGUGUGACUGAAGGAUGUCAUGUAGUGAAUGCUACUUUAAUCUGCGUUAAAUCUUCGCACGCGGUUGCAGAUGUGGCGCAGAGUCCUGAGGCCACAGGUGACUGGCACAGCGGGUUUCUUCUGGAGAAGUCUAUUUACCAUGAAGCUGAAGAGCAGCGAGUUCCAGUCCUUGUUCACGGAUGGACUGAGUGGACUAGCAGAGCUGUUUGAGAAGCAUCAGUAUGAACUGAGGAUCGCUGGGGGUGCGGUACGGGACCUCCUGUCUGGGAAACGGCCGGAUGAUGUGGACUUUGCCACCACGGCGACACCAGAGGAGAUGAAGAGGAUGUUCCUAAGUGCUGGGAUCAGGAUGAUCAACAAUAAAGGCGAGAAGCAUGGAACCAUCACAGCUAGAGUACACAAUGAGAACUUUGAAGUGACCACGUUGAGAGUGGAUGUUGAGAUGGAUGGACGGCACGCCGAGGUUGAGUUCACCACUGACUGGCAGAAGGACGCUGAGCGGAGAGAUCUCACCAUCAACUCUAUGUUUUUAGGUCUGGAUGGCACACUAUAUGACUAUUUCAAGGGACAUGAAGAUCUGCAGAACCGUAAAGUGCGGUUUGUUGGUAGCGCAGAGCAAAGGAUCCAAGAGGACUACUUGAGGAUACUGCGCUAUUUAAGGUUCUACGGCAGGGUGGUACUGGAGCCUGGUGACCAUGAGCCUGAGACACUGGAUGCCAUCAGGAAUAAUGGACGUGGGCUGGCAGCCAUAUCAGGAGAACGUAUCUGGGUUGAAUUAAAGAAGAUGGUGGUUGGUAACCAUGCGGCUCAUCUUCUCGAGCAGAUUUACGACCUGGAGUUGGCCCAGUACAUCGGUUUACCUCCAGAUGGCAACGUUGAGGAGAUGAAACGAGUGUGGGAGAACGCCAAGGACCACUCUCCCAAGCCCAUGACCGUGCUCGCCGCUCUCUUUCGCUGCCCUGAGGAGGUGGAGAAGAUGGACGUCCGGCUGAAGGUGUCCAGGGAGGAGAAGACGCUGGCCGUGUUCCUGGUCAAACAGAGACGGGAGCUUCACAAGAGCCAGGACGACCCAGACAGCCUCAAACCCUUCGCUGACUUUAUCAUAGAUAGCCGGGAAAUGGAUUCCAAAAGUAAAGUGUGUGAGCUGCUCAAGUACCAAGGAGAGGACAAGCUGCUGGCAGAGCUCAGCAGAUGGACCAUCCCUCGCUUCCCAGUCAGCGGUCAUGAUCUGAGGAGGAUGGGCAUCACUUCAGGGAAGGAGAUCGGCAGCACCCUACAGGAGCUGCGGGACAUCUGGAAGAAAAGUCGCUACCAGAUGGAAAAAGAGGAACUCCUCAGUCACAUCAAGCCCUGAAUUUUCAGACAAACGUGUGGAAGCAGAGGUCUUUUUGUUUUUAGUAUUAUUAUUAUUUUUGCCCGUGUGAGACAAGAACAGUCUAAGAAAGACUAAAACAAUUCCUCUGCAUCACAGAGUCGACUGCUGAGUGACCAGUUCGAUGGAUAUGUUGUCGGGAAAAGACACUACAAGAAGUGAGACAAGCAAACAUGUUGAUAAAUGCAGUUUUGAUCCAUAAUUUACCAGAGCACUUAUAUUUCUUUUCCAUUGUAAUGCAGCUUGAAAGAGCUCUUACGCAGUGUGCUUUCAACAUCACAGCUGUCACAGCACUGAUUUCACCAGCUGUGUGAUUAUAGAGCUCUGCCAUGUGUUUAUUUCUGCCCUCUAAAUUAUUUGAGAAACAGCAGUCCAGUGUUAUGUUGAUGUUCGGCCCAUGCAAAUCUCAGCAUUGCCACUUACUCACUGGUUAGACUGAUGUGAUGAAUAAAGACGCAAAUGAGAGUUGAUGAUGAAUGGAGUGUGAUUUCCAAUUGUCACGUCAUCACAGUUACUAUGGAACAUUAAAUCUCCAUUCAACCAGAAAAUAAAUACUUUCGUUCAAGGACGUUUACUGAUGACUUGGAAAA